AUGCAUCGUUUUGAAAUCUUGUCUAUUUUUCUAUACUGGAUGAGUAUUGUGGUCACUACAGAAAUCGAUGUAACACUCGUCAAAAACAGUGCUACAGUUACUGUUGCAACAACAAGUUCAUGUGAGGUAUGCGACUUUAUUGUUGAUUGCCAAAAUGCCGGUGAUGAACAUUCAUGUAGUAAUUGUACACUUGAUGGCACACCAAGUUCUUUAUGUGGUUGGAAUGGUGUUAGUAAAGGGUCACUUAUGUGGAAACUUCGUUCAAACGGAGCAUUAGCCGCAGAUAAUCAACGAUCACCAUUUGAUCAUGCAUCAUAUAGUCCUACUGGGAAUUAUAUGUAUUUAUCAAUAUCGGAUGGAACGGCUCUAAAUUUAUCAGCACGCUUAAUAACACCUGUUCUUAGCCAAGCAAGUUCAACAUGUCUUCUGGAAUUCUGGGUUUACUUAACUGGUGUUUCAUCAAAUCAAUUGAAUGCUAUGUUAUUAACUGAUAAUCAAACUGAACGAGCAAUAUUACAACAAUUUCAUUAUCACGCAAUGACCAAUUGGACAAAAGUAAAUAUUAUAAUUGGUUGUGUUGAUGUACCAUUUCAAAUAUCAUUUGAUUCAAAACAUUCAACAACACUUCGAUGGGUUGCUAUUGACGAUACGAACAUCGCUCGCUGUCAUUUACCUCCGAUUGUUAAUGCAAGCGAAUGUCAAGCAGCAGAUCGAUUUCACUGUGCACGUGGUUCCUGUAUACCUAAAGUUCGUAUUUGUGAUACGACUGAUGAUUGUGGUGAUCAUUCCGAUGAAUCACGUCGUCUAUGUGCAUCGUAUCGAACAUGUACAUUUAAUAUAUCAUUCUGUGAUUGGAUACAUGAUAAUUCAAUACAAUUCAAAUCGCAUCAUGAUCAUCGAGAUAAGUUGUUCAAAUUGAAUGAAUUUAUUCGUUGUUGGUUGACACUGCCAAUAGGAAUCAAAACAUUUCAGAUAGAAAAUGUCGCCAAUGAACAAUAA